CAAAUAACAAACAAAAUUUUUCCAUACUUUCCCGCGUUCAAGAAGAAACUCAUCCAAAAAGACUGAAGGAAGAAAAGGGUAAAGAAAAGAUAUUUUUAAGAAGAAAGGAGGCUGCUGAAAAAAAGGAACUGGAAAAACUUUAUCUGAGACCGAAAGAGAACUGGGACGCCAUUAAUUAGUCAUAAAUUAAAAUUAUACAAAAAAUGGAUCAGUACACUAGAAUACGUAAGAUAGGUGAGGGGUCGUAUGGUCGUGCGUUGCUUGUGAAAGGUCGUCAAGAUGGCCGCCAGUACGUGAUAAAGGUCAUCAAUCUGAGCAAGAUGGACAGGAGGGGGAGGGAGGAGGCGAGAAGAGAAGUGAAGGUUCUCUCACAAAUGAAACACCCGAAUAUUGUAUCAUAUAAAGACUCAUUUGAAGAAACUGGUUCUCUUUAUAUUGUAAUGGACUAUUGCGACGGAGGUGACCUCUACAAACACAUCAAUGCUCAAAGAGGUCGUUUGUUCCCUGAAGACCAGAUACUAAACUGGUUUGUCCAGUUAUGUCUUGCCCUGAAACACGUCCACGACAGAAAGAUACUCCACAGAGACAUCAAGUCCCAGAAUGUGUUUCUUACAAAGAGAGGCGUGGUCAAACUCGGUGAUUUUGGUAUAGCUCGUGUGUUGAAUAGCACAGUGGAGCUGGCCAGGACUUGUAUUGGAACUCCUUAUUACCUGUCACCUGAGAUCUGUGAGAACAGACCUUACAAUAAUAAGAGUGAUAUUUGGGCUCUUGGUUGUGUACUUUAUGAAAUGGCAACUCUAAGACAUGCUUUUGAGGCUGGCAACAUGCGUAAUCUCAUUGUUAAGAUAGUGAGAGGUUCUUAUCCUCCUCUAUCGUCCCAGUACUCUCGUAAUCUUCGGAGUCUUGUUGAUUCCUGUCUCAAGAAUGCCCCGAGGGAUCGACCGUCUAUUAAUUCGAUUUUAAGAUUACCUUUUAUUCAAGAAAGAAUCGGGAAAUUGCUUUCAGAAACGGUAUCGGCAGAAGAGUUCAGCCAUACUGUACUACAUAAGAAAAAGACGGAGCCUGUUCCUAAGCCCCUUCCACUUAAGAAAGAGCCACCUCAAAUUGUUGAGGGGGUUAAAAUUGGCCUAAAAGCUCAAGGAGGAGUGGGAGGAGAUAAAAAGGUUGAUGAGAGGCGUGUCUCAGCCGAGGAAAGGAGGAGGGUGGUACUGAAACCGAAACAAAGGAUGAGUGAAGGAGGAAAGAAACCUUCUCCUGGUUUGUUGGCCAAGAAGAAAGAGUUAGAAGAGAAGGCUAGGGCUCAGCGCGAGGAAAUAAACCAGCAAAGGAAGUCAGAGGCACAAAUGAAACUGCACCAGCAACUGAAGAAACAAGAAUUGCUAAGAAGACAACAGGAUCAGCAGAGGGCAGUCAUUAAUUGGCAAGCUAAUAUAUCUCCUCACUCGUCAACUGAUGAAUCCUCUCACCAGGCAAAGUCUGAAACUGCCGAUGAAGAGCCUGUGAAAGUUGACAGGCAACAGAUUGUGUCUGAUUUCCAUCAGGUCAGACAGGAAGCUGCCGCUAACAAAGCCAGGGCUCAAGCUCAGCUGAUGGGCGGGGCUAAUCUUGGUGUGGGCGUGGCUAAGCAAGGAGGUGUGGUCAAGCCAGUGGAGAAUAAACCACCUAACAAUGCUGAACAAGAGUAUCUUGCUAGAUUGGAGGACAUUCGAAGACAAAAUUUCCAAGAGAGGAAGAGAGUCCAGGAAAGAGUAUCCAUGUAUUGUCACGGCAACCAAGCCCCGCCCAUCCCCAUUCCUAAAGUUAAUCCUGAAGCCAGGAGGAAGAAAAUAGCAGCUCUGAAGGCUCAAGCGGAAUCAGAGUCUGUGAAGUUGAGGGAACAGGUUGAGUUGAAGCAGAAACAAAGAGCAGCACUGCAUUCUAAUGUAUCUCCUCCUCGUAAACAGUGGGUGGUACCAGACAUGCCUCCUUCACUGGCUGAAGGUGAUGCCACUAGUGCUACAGUGAAUGAAAAGACUACUUCUGAUGUUGUUUUUGAGCGUCCAAAGCCACGCCCAGCUUGGGGUGUGGCUGACACACCCCUUGAAAUCCCUGCAAUGCCCACUCAAGACAUCUCAAUAUGUCCAGAAGAAACGGCCAUAUUGUUUGAAAAUAAGUCACGCCCACCAAAAGAAGAUGCUGGAGAGAUUGGAAAAACUAGAGUGAUAAGUUUGGAAAGUCACCAUUAUAGCAACGAGGGUGAGAGGCAGAGGUCCCCAGGAGAGGAGGAGAAGGGAGAUGAUAAAACUGACGGAGGAAGUGAAGAUGAGAAUAAGAAAGAGACUAUAGCCGUUUGGAAAGAAAGCAAAGAUGAAGCAUGGAUCAAUGAGGUGGAGCUAGCGAAACCGCAGCCGCUUACCUCACGAGAGAACAUUGUUUGUAAUGAUGAAGGAAGUAUUGGAAAGGAAAGGAGUGUGGUGUCACUGAAUGUUGAAGAGGAGGGAGAGGGAGUUAGGAUGAAGGAACCUUUGUUUGAUAAGGUUUUAAAAGAUCGUGAAGAAAAGAGUAUAAAGAGCCUUCCUCAAGCAGAGGAAACCAUUGUAAGUGACAUUGAAUGUGAAGAAGAAGAAGAACUGGAGGAAGAGCAAGGGAAGGAAAAGGAGAGAGAGGAAGACGAGGUAGAGGAUGAAGAAUCUGAAGAAAUAUUUGAACCGGACGGAUUGUCUCGGUCACUGAAAUCAGGGCACUAUGAUACAAAUUAUACGAUACUUAGAACUUGUUCUCUGCCGGAUCUUAGAUUGACCACACCCACCAUCAAGGUGGAGUUGACCACACCUACCAAUCAAUCUCAAAUUCCUUGCACUCGUAGCGACGUUAACAUCAAAGAAGCAGCACCAGCUCAAAAAGAGGAUACUGAUACAGUUUUUGACACGCCCUUAAGCUCCUCAAUAGAUUUGGACACGCCCACAUCUGUAGCCGAUAUAGCCACGCCCAACGACACAGAAUCAGGCUCCUCCUCCCUAACUGAUGUUGAGGAUAAUGACAGAGGAUAUGAAGAAAUGAUUAAAACGUUGAGAGACCUUUAUAACAAAGGAGGUACCCCAAGUCCUAAGCCAGUUUCACAUAAUACCUCAACCCCUAAUCCUGGACACAUAUCUACCACUGAGAAUGAAGAAGGAACAGAGAGAGAAGAGGAGGAAGGGGCAUGUCAUUGUUCUCUCGUUGAGGAAGACUGGGAGUCGUCCGAUGAUGAGUUUACUGAUGGAUCUGAUGGUGUUGAUAGGUGUGGCUCCAGCAAUAAGGGGGAGGGGCAGGGACGGAUCUUUGACAAGCUGGAGGAAACUCGGAACAGACUUGAGGAAAAAUUGGGAUUGGAUAAUCUAUUGGAAGCUUAUACUGUUGUAAAGGAAUUUCAAGACAGAGAAUGUGAUGAAGACACUAACGUACUAUCAAGUGAUACUGUUACAGCACAAGAUGGCUUCCCUUUAGCAACCCUCACCUCCAUCAUUGGAGAGGAACACUCUCACUGCUUUCCCUCUCUUAUUCACCUCGUUAUCUCUGACUCCGCCUACUUUGAACUCAACGCUCAAUCGACCAAUCAAAAGAGCUCAAGUGAGACUUUGUUGUCAAUGGCAACAGGAUCGCUUGUUCUUGAGUCUUGAAUUGAUGGAAUUACUGUUACUAAUACAUGUACAUGUUACUAGUCGUUAUGGCGACCCGAUUACUUAAUUAACUAACUACUUAAUAACUAAUUAUAAUA